CGGCGCGGCAAGGCGAACGGCAGGAGCGCGCGCAGGCGGAGGAGCGCAGCCCUGCACAUGGGCUGGCCUGACUGCCGCCGCCCCUAGCCAGCCCAGAGCUCGCAACCGCGGCGGGAGCCACUCCACCAGCCAUGUCCCUCGGCGGAGCCUCGGAGCGCAGCGUCCCGGCCACCAAGAUCGAGAUCACCGUGUCCUGCCGGAACCUGCUGGACCUGGACACCUUCUCCAAGUCCGACCCCAUGGUGGUGCUGUACACGCAGAGCCGCGCCAGCCAGGAGUGGCGGGAGUUCGGACGGACCGAGGUGAUCGACAACACGCUCAACCCGGACUUCCUGCGCAAAUUCGUCCUCGACUAUUUCUUUGAGGAGAAGCAAAACCUGCGCUUCGAUGUGUACAACGUCGACUCCAGAACCAACAUCUCCAAGCCGAAGGAUUUCCUGGGACACGCGUUCCUGGCGCUGGGAGAGGUGAUCGGAGGCCAGGGCAGCCGCGUGGAGCGAGCCCUCACUGGUGUACCAGGCAAGAAGUGUGGGAGCAUCCUGCUGACAGCAGAGGAGCUCAGCAAUUGCCGGGACAUUGCCACCAUGCAGCUGUGUGCGAACAAGCUGGAUAAGAAGGACUUCUUUGGCAAGUCGGACCCCUUCCUCGUGUUCUACAGGAGCAAUGAGGACGGCACGUUCACUAUCUGCCACAAGACCGAGGUUGUGAAGAACACCCUGAACCCCGUGUGGCAGCCCUUCAGCAUCCCCGUGAGGGCACUGUGCAACGGAGACUACGACAGAACUGUGAAGAUUGACGUGUAUGACUGGGACCGAGACGGAAGCCACGACUUCAUUGGCGAGUUCACCACCAGCUACCGGGAGCUGAGCAGGGCCCAGAGCCAGUUCACCGUGUACGAGGUGCUGAACCCCCGGAAGAAAUGCAAGAAGAAGAAAUACGUCAACUCGGGAACCGUGACGCUGCUGUCCUUCUCAGUGGACUCUGAAUUCACUUUUGUCGAUUACAUCAAGGGAGGGACACAGCUGAACUUCACAGUGGCGAUUGACUUCACAGCUUCCAAUGGAAACCCCCUGCAGCCCACGUCCCUGCACUACAUGAGCCCCUACCAGCUCAGCGCCUAUGCCCUGGCCCUCAAGGCAGUAGGAGAGAUCAUCCAGGACUACGACAGUGACAAGCUCUUCCCAGCCUAUGGCUUCGGGGCCAAGCUGCCCCCUGAGGGCCGGAUCUCCCACCAGUUCCCCCUGAACAACAACGAUGAGGACCCCAACUGUGCUGGUAUUGAGGGGGUGCUGGAGAGCUACUUCCAGAGCCUGCGCACUGUGCAGCUCUAUGGCCCCACCUACUUCGCUCCAGUCAUCAAUCAGGUGGCCAGGGCUGCAGCCAAGAUCUCUGAUGGCUCCCAGUACUAUGUUCUCCUCAUCAUCACAGACGGAGUCAUCUCUGACAUGACACAGACCAAAGAAGCAAUCGUCAGCGCCUCCUCCCUGCCCAUGUCCAUCAUCAUCGUCGGAGUGGGGCCUGCCAUGUUCGAGGCAAUGGAAGAGCUGGAUGGCGAUGACGUGCGCGUGUCCUCCCGGGGGCGCUUUGCAGAGCGGGAUAUUGUUCAGUUUGUCCCGUUCCGAGACUACGUGGACCGCUCAGGGAACCAGGUUCUGAGCAUGGCCCGACUGGCUAAGGAUGUGCUGGCUGAGAUCCCAGAGCAGCUGCUGUCCUACAUGCGCACCAGGGACAUUCAGCCCCGGCCCCCGCCCCAGCCCCCAGCCAACCCCAGCCCUGCCCCAGCUCCAGAGCUGUCCUGAGAAGCCCACUCUCCCAUGUCUAGCAUCUGCCCACCUGCUCCCUCCUGCUGAAAGCCAGAGGCCCCUGGAGCCCUGGACCUCACUGGCAUCCAUGCUGGCAGAUGUGCCCUCUGUCCCUCCCUGCAGCAGGGCCUGGCACUAGCAGUGCCUCCUUGCCCUUAUCAAUAAUAAAGCUGGUCUUUGCUCUA